AUGGCGCUUUCAGCAGACGUCAAGAUCGCCGACUUCACUCACACGUCCACGGACGACAUUUACCGCCUCACCGACACCCUGCGCGCCACUUUCCGCUCUAACAAGACCAAGGACCUCAAUUGGCGCAAGGUACAGCUCCGGAAGCUCUACUGGGCCAUCAGGGACUUUACUCCCCAGCUUUGCGAUGCCCUGCGCAAGGAUCUGAGAAAGUGCAAGCAUGAGGCUCUCCUCUCCGAGAUCGAGUGGUGUGCCAAUGACUGCCUCUACAUGAUCAAGAAGAUGGACCAAUUCGCCAAGGACGAGACUCCCGAAGAUGUUCCUCUGACCUUCGCCGCUCUAAAGCCGCGCAUCCGCAAGGAGCCCCUCGGCAUGGUGCUUGUCAUUGGUGCCUUCAACUUCCCCGUCCAGCUCACUCUUCUCCCCAUCAUCGGCGCCAUUUCCGCUGGAUGCACGGCCGUUCUGAAGCCCUCCGAGAGCUCCCCAGCUACUGCCAUGGUUCUGGCCAAGAUUUUCGAGGUCGCUCUUGACCCCAAGGCCUACCAGGUCGUCAAUGGCGCCGUGAAGGAGACACAGGCGCUGCUUGAUGUCAAGUGGGACAAGAUCAUGUACACUGGCAGCACCGCCGUCGGCAAGAUCAUCGCCAAGAAGGCUGCGGAGACGCUCACGCCCGUCACUCUUGAGCUCGGUGGCCUGAACCCCGCCUUUGUUACCAAGAACGCCAACGUCAAGCUGGCCGCUCGUCGUCUCAUGUGGUCUAAGUGCCUGAAUGCUGGCCAGGUCUGCAUUUCCCAGAACUACAUCCUCGCCGACCGUGCCAUCGUCGACCAGCUUGUCCAGGGCCUCAACGCGACCCUGAAGGAGUUCUUCCCCAGCGGUGCCAAGAACAGUCCCGACUUCUCUCGCAUUGUCAACAAGAAGUCUUUCCAGCGUAUCAAGAAGAUGCUUGACGAGACAAACGGCAAGAUCGUCAUGGGUGGUGGUCUGGAUGAGGACCAGCUCUUCAUCGAGCCCACUGCGGUCUUGGUCGACUCCAUGCUCGACUCAGUCAUGAAGGAGGAGUCUUUCGGCCCCGUCUUCGCCAUCAUGCCUUACGAUACCCUGGAUGAUGCCAUCAACAUUGCGAACCAGGUCUACAGAACGCCUCUGGCGCUGUUCACGUUCGGAAGCGAUCAGGAGAACGAGAGGAUCCUCAACGAGGUCACUUCUGGCGGUGCCACCAAGAACGAUGCUUUCUUCCACGCUUCAAUCUCGACCGUCCCCUUUGGCGGCGUGGGCGAUUCUGGCACAGGCAACUACCGCGGCAGGGCAUCAUUCGACAUGUUCACCCAUCGCCGAUCUGUUGCUCAGACGCCGUCGUGGCUUGAGAAGUUCAUCCGCGUGCGUUACAUGCCGUACUCUCCCAAGGAGCUCGCUCGCCUGUCGAGCAUGACUGCGGAGAAGCCCGACUUUGACCGCAAUGGCGUUCAGGUCCGCGGUCUCGGCUACUGGCUGAGCUUCGUCGUUGGUCUCGGUGCGAAAGGUGCUAAAGGAAUCAUUAGGACUGUGAUCGGAUAA